CUUUUCCUGGGACACUGGAGCUUUUAGAAGCACUUCGCUUUCGGCGGCCGGUCUUCUAGUGAUUCAUUAGAUUUGCCCUUGGCUUAGGGUCAGAGCUGUAGGAGCCAUGUCGGGCCGAGAAGGUGGCAAAGAGAAGCCCUUGAAACACCCCAAGAAGCAGACCAAGGAGUUGGACGAGGAAGAUAAGGCUUUCAAGCAGAAACAGAAGGAGGAGCAGAAGAAACUCGAGGAAAUGAAAGCCAAGGCAUCGGGCAAGGGCCCCCUGGCCACAGGUGUAAUUAAGAAAUCUGGCAAAAAGUAGAAGGAAGUUGUAUC